AUGGCCCAAGCAUCAGUCGCACCUUCCGAGAGCUUACCGCCAAAUCCUCUCCACGAUACCGCCCCCAGCACAUCUCCUCCACAAGGCUACCGUUCCAGCCGGUCGAGCAUAGAAAGCUACACAAACUCUACGAGCCCAGUCAGGCGAAAACCGCUUCCCGUACCCAAGGACCUCCGCAUACCCUCCUUCAAUAUUGGUGAGCAUGAGGAUACAGUAGAAGGCGCGCGUGGCUCGAGGCAGUCUGGCUCCACUUCGGACCUGAACUCUGCUGACCAUUCAAGAUCAGCCUCAAAGGACACAUAUGGGGACUUCGGAAAUCGGGAUUCGGGGAACUCGUUAGCCAUGACCAAGGACAUACCCAUCCACCAACUCAGUAUCAGCGACGCGCCCUGCAACGCACGGCAUUCCAGUGCUGCGCAGUAUGAGGACACCUUCUCGUCAGACGACGACGACGAGAAGAGGCCACAUGCCGCAUCCGGCACCAUUUACGGCAGCGGCAAGACGAGAGAUGGAGACGCCGCAAACAAUCGAUACCCCGCCCCCAACGGAAUCGUAUAUGUGAAUGAUGAGCGAUCAGGAGAGGAAAUUCUCGCAGACGACAGGCGGAACGAAGUGCACAAUCAAAACCAAUAUACGUACGAGGCACCAAAUGGCAUCGUGUACGUGAACGACGCGCGGACGUCGGAACAGAUAUUUGAGGCACAAACGCAAUCGUCGGACGACGUAUCCUAUUCCAGCCACCCUCACUCGUCCGCACCCUAUAGUGCAGAUGCGUAUUACCUCAACGACUCUACCGCGACGCCAUCCUCCCGUCCCUCCUACGACAUGGGCCAGUUGCGUCAAAAGUCUGCAUCGCCCGGAAGCAGCAGCAACCACAGUGAUCCUCGGCUCGACUUCAACUUUGGCCUCGACGUACACCCGCCCCGCACCUCGUCGGCAAGACCAAGCUCCGCAUAUGCGCUGGGCUCCGAGCUGCAUCCCGGCGGUCGUACUCACUCCCCACACCUUUCCGCAGGGGGCGGGCCUCCUUCGCCGAACCUCUCGCCCGCCAACUAUGGCAGGAACCUGGGAGUCGCCCGCCGGUCGCCAGAGACCCGCCCUACAUCGUAUGUCGAUCUGCUCAAUCUCCCCUACAACCAGCAGGUUGCGCCUACGGCGAAUGUCUUCGGCAAUGCUCAGCUGCGAGGGGUGGUGGGUCAGAAUGCCAGCUUGCUGGAUACAAAGAAGACGUUGGACAUGUACCGACAGAAUGUGAAGAAGACGCAAGACAAUGUGGUACAGUACGAGUUUGCGAUCUACAUGGUGGGCCUUGCGAGAGAACUGAUGGCGUUCCAACACCCUUCUGACGGCCCGGAGCCUCACGCCGCUCCCCCUGCCAAGUCAUCUGGCCUCGAUGCUGCGGAAAUCCUACGGGAAGCCCGCCAGAUAUUACAGAAGCUCGCCGACCGCAGCUACCCCUUUGCGCAGUACUACCUUGCGGACGGCUACGCAUCGGGCCUCUUCAACAAGGAUAAGCCGGAUUAUGAUCGGGCUUUCCCCCUCUUCGUUGCCGCAAGCAAGCACGGCCACGCAGAGUCUGGGUAUCGGGCGGCGCUCUGCUACGAGUUUGGCUGGGGCUGCCGCAAAGACUACGCGAAAGCGGUCCAGUUCUACCGUGCGGCAGCGUCGAAGAAUCACCCCGGAGCUGCGACACGUCUGGGAAAGGCAUGUCUGACGGGAGACAUGGGCCUGCAGAACCGGUACAAGGAGGGCGUCAAGUGGCUCAAACGCGCCACCGAAGCGGCCGACCACCAGUACAACAGCGCGCCGUACGAGCUGGGCCUGCUGCACGAGACGGGCUUCGGGGACGACAUCUUCAAGGAUGAGGUCUACGCUGCGCAGCUCUUCACGCAAGCGGCAGACCUGGGCCAUCCAUACGCGGCAUUGAAGUUGGGCGAGGCCUACGAACACGGCUUGCUGCGGUGUCCCAAGGAUCCUGCCGUCUCGGUCCACUACUACAACUGCGCUGCGCAGGCGGGGGUGCCCGAGGCCAUGAUGAAUCUCUGCGCUUGGUACAUUGUGGGUGCGGAACCCGUGCUCGAGAAGGACGAGAACGAGGCGUACGAGUGGGCGAAGCGGGCUGCCGAGCAAGGCCUCCCCAAAGCCGAAUAUGCCGUCGGCUACUUCACGGAAAUGGGCAUCGGCUGCCAACGCGACCCGCUCGAAGCCAACGUCUGGUACGUCCGGGCGGCGGACCACGGGGACGAGAGGGCAAAACAGAGACUCGCCGUCAUUUCGGCGGCGGCAUCGGGACAGCAGUAUAAGCCGGGGAGCUCGUCGCCGGCGUCGAAAGAUAAGCUGAAGAAGGGCAGCAAGGACGAGAAUUGCGUGGUCAUGUAG